CACGGCACUCUGAAUAUUAAUUCUAAUGGCUUAUUCGGCGUUACCAUUUAUCUGUUCACUAAUGCCGCAUUACCCCUCCCUUGGCCUGCAUUGUUCCGCGGCAUCUUUUCAGCCAGUUUAACUUAACGCUCCUGGUAAACUCCCUUUGUCGGACAUAUUUCAGAGUAAUUUCUUAACCGCAGCCCUCCAAUCUCGACCCUUGGCUUUCCACUUUAAUGGCCGAGAAAGAAUUCACGUGUUUCAUCGUCGACUUGUCGCCGGCGAUGGGCUCCGUCCACAACGCACGCGCCACCACCGACUUGGAGCACGGGCUCCAGUACGUCAAGGACCUUCUCGCAGGCAAACUCAUCCGUGGGAAGAAAACCGAUAUCGUGUCGGUGGUGGGUGUGCACACCAAAGCCACGCGUAACUCGCUCUCCACAGACGAACACAACGUCAACAUGGCAUUGCUCCAGUCGUUCACCCACAUGACAUACGACGCGUACCGCACGCUCAUGGCGGGCGAGAUUUGCCGCGUAAAUGCAGACCCCAUUCGCACUGAUGCGUACGAGGCCAACUUGUUCAAGGCCCUUGUGUACGCAAUGCAGUUGUUCAUAGAGGCGACGCCUGCGAGCGCACGCGACAAACCCGACAAAAACCUCAGGGUUAAGCGCACGAUUGUGCUCACAACCAACUUGCGCACUGAGUUGGAGUACGACACGGAGCUUCUUACGGGCGUGUCCCAGCUUAUGGGCCAAUUUAACGUGCAAUUGAUCGUCAACUGUGUGGGUCUAGAGACAGGUGCUGUCAAGGCGGAGGACCACACCCAGCAGUAUAACCAGCGGCGCUGGUACGAUCUCAUCCGCGACUGGAACCACACUAACAAGUUUGAAAAGGUCUAUGACAACGCGGGGUUGAUUGCGGAUACCGAUACGUUGUUGCGCACGCGACUGGAGCAUCCGCCUGGCCGCUACUACAAGUCCACCAAACUAUACACCGGAGACUUGCGUUUUGCGGGAAACGUGAAGCAGUUGCUAGGUAGCAGCGUAGGCGAUACAGCUGAUUCCGGCUCGCUCCGCUUUCCCGUGGAGAUGUAUCCCGCGAUCCGCGUAGAGAAAUUGCUCAGUGGCUCGCUGACGUACCUCAAUCGAGGCGAAGUGCGCGGCGUGAAGAGCUUCCGCGAAUACUACUACGAGAUUCCGUACAGGGCUGACGACGGGGAUGAGUAUAAGAAGGUGCCGGUGGAGGAGGUGGCUAUCGAGAAGGGGUUUAAGUACACAACCACAGAUCUCAUCCAGCUGUCCCAGGUGUUAGCGGAGUCACUGAAGCUACCCACCCAGCAGGCCCUCGAUAUCCGCGGGUUUGUUCCGCAGGACGAGUUGCAGCCAUGGUACUUUUCCGCCAACGAAGCUAACUACAUCGUUCCUGCUAGUACUUCACAGUUCCGCGAUUUAAUGGCUUUCAACGCGUUUGUUCAGGCGUUGAUAGAGCUGGAGUUGUAUGUGGUGGCGCGGUACGUGCAGAAGAAGCUGGCGGAUGUUUCGAUGUUGGUGCUUGUGCCUGUUGUGUUCAGAGAGCCACCUACGGUCGGUGCUGCGCGCCACAAGCGUGAGCUCAGCGAUGACGGUUUUCCGGUCACGGCCCAUGCAUUGCUCGCGCACCGUUUGCCUUUCAAGGAAGAUGAAAAGAUAGGGAACUUUCCUGCGUUAACAAACUACGGGAAAGGCCUUACGGAGCAUAGGUACACGGAUAAGUUUCCAACGAAAGAGAUGCAGGACUUGAUGGACCAGUAUGUCGAUAGCAUGGACAUGGGUGCCGAAACGAGGACUGAGGAGGCUGUGAUGGAGCCAAACUACAAUAAAAAGUCGCUUCCGCUCCCGGUGAAGGGAAGGGGAAAUACUGUGGGAAUGGCUCGGGUAUUGCGAGAGGUCAAGCCGGUGGCCUACCAUAUCGCAGCCCAAACCGCUGUGUUUAAGGAUAUCGUCUCUAAUGCGGCCGCGAGUGGUGGGCCAAUCCAGGAAUACGUCGAGUCUGAGGAGGCGUUCGCCAACUUACCGUCCUCGCAAAACUUGAAGCAGUUGCUCAGCAUCCCACGGGAGAAGCUGGCAAACAACGAAGUGUUAGUGAGGGCAAUGGUGGAGGUCUUUGACAUCCAGAUUGUGGAUCGGACAAAGAGCAGUGCGCGGACCGGGGAGGGAGAAUAUAUCGGGAUAGUGGUCCCAGAUAUUGGGGAAGACGAAUAAUAGCGAGUUUGAGCACU